GCCCCUGCGCGGCGCGGCGUGACGCGCUUCCGGCGGGGCGAUGCCGCCGUUCGGCGCGGGGCUGCUGGUGCUGACGGCGCCGCUGGGCGCGGUGCCGCGGCGGGCGGCGGCGCUGCUGGCGGCGGCGGCGCGGCUGGUGGCGGGGCCGCUCUACGUGCACCUGGCGCCGGGGCUGCGCCUGGCCGCGCCGCCGCCGCCCGCCGCCGCCGCCGCGGUGCCGCCCUCGGCCGCGCUGCUGCGCGCCCUGGCCGCGCUCUACGCGGGCGCCGACGCGCACCGGGGCCUGGAUGUGCGGGUGCUGCUGGGCCCCGCGGGCGGCGCGGCCGGUCGCGGGGCGCAGCGCCUGGCGCGGCCCCCGGCCGUGGUGCUGGGCGACGCCGCCGCCGCCGCCGGGCAGCCCGAGGCGGCGCGGAGCUGCCUGCGUGCCCUGGCCGCCGCCUACGGCUGCCCGCCGCGCCUGGCCGCCGAGCUGCUGCCCGCCGAGCCCGGCCCGGCCGCGGGCGGCGGCGGCGCCCCCGAGGGCGGUGGCGGUGGCGGUGGCGGUGGCGGCGGCGGCGGGGCGCUGCCCGCCUUCCCCGCCGUGGCGGUCGGCGGCACCUUCGACCGGCUGCACAGCGCGCACCGGCUGCUGCUGAGCGCCGCCUGCCUCCUGGCCCAGCGGCGCCUCCUGGCCGGCGUCGCCGACGGGGCCCUCCUGCGCCAUAAGGUCCUGAAGGAGCUGAUCGAGCCCUACGAGCUGCGGGCGGCCAGGCUGCGCGAGUUCCUGCUGGACGUGAAGCCCUGCCUGCAGUACGACAUUGUGCCUCUGCUGGACCCCUACGGCCCGGCGAUAACAGACCCCGAGCUGCAGUGUUUAGUAGUCAGUGAGGAAACUCGCAAGGGCGGGGAGGCUGUGAACAAGAAGAGACUGGAAAACGGCCUCUCCGAGCUGGCUCUCUACGAGAUCCUCCUGGUGAAGGACCCUUACCGCAGUGAGAAUGAGGAGGAGAAGAUCAGUUCUUCCAGCCUCCGGCAGAGAUUGCUCGGGACCUUGCUGCAGCCCCCGCGGAAAGACCCUGCCUUGCCUUCUCGCCCGUAUGUGAUUGGUCUGACUGGAGGAACGGGAAGUGGAAAAACCUCUAUUGCCAAAUACCUGGAACACCUUGGAGCGUUCCUCAUCGAUGCUGACAAGCUGGGCCAUGCUGUAUACGUCCCCGGUGGCCCUGCCUAUGAGCAGGUGGUGGGGACGUUUGGACCAGAAAUCUUGAAUGAAGAUGGGACGAUUAACAGGAAAGUCCUUGGGGCCAAAGUGUUUGGAAACCAGGAGCGACUGAAGUGUCUCACAGACAUCGUGUGGCCUGAGAUUGCCCAGAUGGUCAAGAAGAAGAUUGGGGAAGCAGAUGCUUUAGGUAAGGCUGUGUGCGUGCUGGACGCUGCCGUGCUGCUGGAGGCUGGCUGGAAAGACAUGGUCCACGAGGUGUGGACAGCCAUCAUCCCUGAGGAGGAGGCCUUGAAGCGCAUCAUGGACAGGGAUGGGCUGAGUGAGGAGGCUGCUCAGAAGAGGCUUCAGAGCCAGACGACCAACAGCCAAAGGGUGGAGCAGUCGCAUGUCGUGCUGUGCACGCUGUGGGAGCCGGCCGUCACCCGCAAGCAGGUGGAGAAGGCCUGGGCCCUCUUGCGGGAGCGCAUGAGCCAAGACCAGAGCCAGUGAGUGCAUCGCCCUCCUCUCGACUCCCCUUACUGUCAUGCACGGGCGCACCGCAGCUCGAGCACCGAUGGGACCUGCGGCGAGGGCGGAGCGCUCUCGCUCAGGCCGUGUCCUGGCAUCGCGCACCAGCUGUAAGCGGGGCGUGGGCCAGGAGAGCGCGGCGCUGGAGCUCGAACUGAAGCGGCGAGGGCUGGGAGAGCCGUCCUGCCGCGCUGCCGCGGGAGGGCACAGCCGGGAGACAGCUCCUGCUGCAGGGCAUCGCUGGGGAAGCGGCCGGAUCGUGCAGGGCUGGAGGAGCAGGUGCAGCAGCCCCUCGGGCCAAAGGGCUGAGCCGUCCAGUUUGGCACAUCUGCAGGUUUGGUUCUACGUGUUGCUGCCAGGCCCUGGGCUGCGGAGGGCCAGGGAGGACACAAGUGCAGCCGUGUUUUCUGGUGCUGCUCUGUGUCCAGCCUGGCCUCCCUGCACCUGCGUGGCUCCGGGCACUGUGAACCCCGUACGUGUGUGACAGUAAAAGAUCAUUUUCUCUU